AAAAUGUGUCUGUCUUGUAAAGCUAGCUGAGGAUCUGAUAGGUACCGUCGGUAACCACAGCAGCGGCCACAUGAUGCUCUGCAGGAGGAAGAACUUUUUCAGAAGUUGGUUUUAAGAUAAGGUACAAGCAGUUUGAAAAUGUUGCACACGCUUCUUACACGUGCAGAUAAGUUCUCUGCUCUGGACUGGAAAUACUGGCGGUAAGAAAACUUGUUUGACUCGCCUUGAACUGCGUUUGAAGGACAAAACGAUGAAUAAUCAAUCGAUGACAGGGAGGACCAUGGUCCCGACCAUUCCGUCUAUUAUGUUCAUUUUCGGGGUGGUUGGGAAUGUCAUCGCCAUCGUGGUUCUUUGUAAAUCUCGCAAAGAACAGAAAGAAACCACGUUUUACACGCUUGUGUGUGGACUGGCAGUCACGGACCUCCUGGGCACACUGUUGGCCAGUCCGGUCACCAUCGCCACUUAUGUGAAAGGAUCAUGGCCCGGAGGGGACCCGCUGUGCCAGUAUUUUGGAUUCACUUUGCUUUUCUUCUCUCUGGCGGGACUCAGUAUCAUCUGUGCUAUGUCGGUGGAGAGAUACAUCGCUAUAAACCAUGCGUACUUCUACAAUGACUAUGUGGACCAGAAACUGGCGGGUUUGACUCUCCUGGCGAUCUACAUCUCCAACGCGCUUUUCUGCGCCCUGCCGAUUAUCGGCUUUGGACAGGUGAAGAAACAAUAUCCGCAAACUUGGUGUUUUUUAGAGUGGAGGAGCAACAAGACCAGCGAUGCCGCCUACUCCUACAUGUAUGCAGGUUUCAGCUCUCUUCUCAUUUUCGCCACUGUUAUCUGUAACGUGCUGGUGUGUGGGGCUUUGAUCCGGAUGCAUCGGCGCUUCGUGCGCAGGAUGUCGCUGGGAACCGAUCUGGGGCGCACCGUGAACAUGGAGCCGCCGAGGAGAGGACGCAGCUUUGGACGUCUGGCCGGUGCAGAGAUUCAGAUGGUCAUUCUGCUCAUAGGCACGUCGGCAGUGGUGCUUAUCUGCUCCAUCCCACUUGUUGCUCAGGUGUUUUUGAACCAGCUGUAUAAGACUCCAGUGGAGCUACGUUUGGACAAAAACCCUGAUCUUAGAGCGAUACGCUUCGCCUCCUUCAACCCCAUUCUUGACCCCUGGAUCUACAUCCUGCUCCGCAAGGCUGUUCUUCUCAAGCUCAUUGAGAAAAUCAAGUGCUUAUUUUGCAAGAUGGAAGCACGGGGGCAACAGAGACAGGGGAACUUUAACUGUAUAGACGCUCAUCAACUCUCCUCGGUCAUUUCUAAUCGGGACUCACAUUCCCUGGUUUCCCAUGACCUGCGAGACUUCUCCAGCAGCUCCCAGACCUUCCUCUACCUGCCAGAGGGGAGUGAAGUGUAUAAAGGAAGCUGCCAUAAAGUAGACAGAGUCUCUAGUUCACAGCCUUCAUCUGACAGAAACUCAAGAGCUUCUUAUUCGUCUGAGCGAGGCAGCAUUGAUGCUCAGAGCAGAGAAGGGACAGAUGUUAUCAGGGACCUCUCAGCUCUGCCAUGCCCAAAAGACCAAGCACUUCAGGUGUCGCUGAGCACUCAGACAGUGGAGGAGAAAUGCAUCUGACUUAACUCUGAAUUAGGAGAAAGUUCUCAGUUCGCUCUGGGGUAGCUUGUCUACUGAAUGACUUCUGCAAAAAAAACUUUCAAACUCUGAAGGCACAUAAAAAAUAAUAAAUGACUCUUCUUGUGAAGUCGGACACAUGAAGCUUGGAAGAGGAACAGAUAAUCUUGAAGCGCUGUGAGCUUUAUCUUCCUGUUUGUCUCUGUUUCAGCACCCAGCUACCUCAAGUGAUGACUAUCUCUGACUGUGUGAGCAGAUUUUGACAUUUUUGCCCAAAACAGAUGUUAUUCUCCCAGAGAUGACCCACUUCUUCAUGACUCAAGUGUCAGUGAUGGAAAAGUGAUCCUUCCUAAUUUCAGCUACUUUGUUUAAUGAUUGUGGAAACCUUUACUGUAAAGUAGAUGUGGCUCAGCUGUUUAGAAUAACUGAGUCACACACUUGUGGUCAAUAUAGGAACUGAAAACACUAUUGAAUGUGAUCCUUAUGAGUAAUCAGUGGCAUGUGCGAUUGAUUUGCUUCAUAAACUCUAUUGUACAGGGCUUUUUGAAGGACAUAUUGUGUUAGUUCCAUGACUAAUGUACAGUGCAGUAUUAUUAUGUGGUGAACAUCCAAAGUUUUCAUUCCUUGUUCCUGGAAUACACACAAAUAUGUCAUCUCAAAUUAUUUAAAAAGAGGUUUUCCAUCUUACAGUGAGGGUACAAUGGUUCCUGUGCCAUAGUAAUUAAUACUAAACAUUUUUUUCCGCAGCUUCAGAAAAUGUGGUGUAAGUCAGCGGACAGAUGUCAUUUAAAGGUCCAGUGUGUAGGAAUUAGGGGGGUAUAAUGGCAGAAAUAGAAUUUUUUUUAUAAUAAGUAUGUUUUCUUUAGUGCAUAAUCACCUGAAAAUAAGAAUCACUGUGUUUUCGUUACCUUAGAUUGAGCUGUUUAUAUCUCGUAGGAAGCCAGUCGCUGUCUAGAUCACCAUGUUGCGCUGCCAUGUUUCUACAGUAGCCCAGAAUAGACAAACCAAACACUGGCUCUAGAUAAAGUCAGUGUUUGUGUUUACAUCUCUUAAUGUAAAGCGUUUUUAACAAAAUAAAAUCUCCAGGUCUGUUUGUUUUGAAGAGGAGGAGACCUUUGCAGAAAAAUCUCUUGAUUGUCUGACUCAAAAAAAAAAAUUUGAGCACACGUUAGCAGGUGCUAGGCUAGCAACCCAUCUCCGGCAUGUCAAACGGGUAGGAAAAAACACUGAUUUGUAACAUGAAACUGCUUUAUUCAGUGUUUUUACCAGUUUUAAUCACAUGGUCCGUUUGUUUGGAGAGGAAGAGACCUCUGUGGAUAAUUCAGCUCACGGUAAAAACCUCCUGAACAAGAAACACUAAAAGAAUUCUAACCAGGAGUAGUUUCAGCUGGUUGCAAUCUGCAGUUCUCACAACUAGAUGCCACUAAAUAUCCUGAAAUCAUACACACUGUACCUUUAACAUGGUGUUAAGAUGAUGAUAUUUCAACACUCUGUGGUGUUCUAGAUGAUCAAUGUUGUACAAAUUAUUGUUUGUAAGACAAUUAUUCUUCUCUAGGAGAAGGUUUUAGUUGAUAAAUCAGAGCUCUUAUCCACCCUAAAGAAGUAUUUGAUCAGUCCUUGUGCUCAUGAUUUGCCUUCUUACUAUACAGCACUAACAUCCAGAAAAUCAGGACUUUGCAAAAUGUUUUGUAUCAGAUAGGGCUGCAACUUAAAGUUAUUUUAAUUAGCAGUUAUUCUGCUGGUUAUAUAAUAAUUGUUUAGUCAAAAUGUCAGUUUCUGUGAUCCUAUUCUGUGCCCCAUUUUUCCCACUGGCAGAAUUCCCCUUUUUAAUGUCUUCAUUUAGUCAAUUGACACCUUCAGCUGCUGUCGUAGCACUAUAUAUAUAAUAGACUGAACUUUUGAACUCCUGUUUGUAUGAGAUUUUCCACUCACAUGAGAUUUAUGUCUUAGUUUCAGCAGCUUUGAAUCACACCGUCUGCCUCCUUUUCCCUGUUAUUAAAUCGGCUCCAGAUUGUUGCUUCAUGUCCCGGAUUACAUUCUUGCCUUUCUUGUUUCUCCUGUUGCUGUUAAUUUUAGACAAGCUUGUUCGUGUGCAUAAAUGCUGAGAAUCACGCCCCUCAAGAUUGCACAAUAUAAUGAUAUUCGGUUAAGGGUAGAGUUUGAAACACAAGCUGCCUAUUCGAAAAAGGUCUUUUAAUUUAUUUCUUUAUCAUUUAUUUUUUAAUUAUGCACUUUAUUUUGUUGUAUUGUAUUUUAUUCUGUUUAUAUUGUCAUGUAUGGUUAAAUAUGUGGACAUAUAAUUAUUGUUGUGUCACUUUUCAUAUCUGUAAACAUGACUGUGUGUGCCAUAACUGAGCGGUAAUAACUUCAGGAAAAUGAAUGUGUACAUUUUAUAAUGCAGCUGUAAAUCAACCCUGACACUAUGACUUCACAGCAAACCUGACUUUUGACAUGUCGUCAUAUGUUGUCAACAUAAAGCGGAAGUUUAUAAUAUGA